AUGGAGCGGCUGCACUACACGGACCCGACCCUGGCGCCCGCCCUCAUCCGGCUGCUCUUCCACGACUCCUUCGUCCACGGCUGCGAUGCCUCCGUCCUCAUCGUGCCCACGCCGCGCUACUCCUCCGAGCGCGCCGCCGUCCCCAACCACACCCUGCGCGGCUUCGGCGCCGUCGACGCCGUCAAAAGCGCGCUCGAGGUAGCCUGCCCGGCCGCCGUCUCCUGCGCCGACGCGCUCGCGCUCAUGGCCAGGGACGCCGUCGCCCUCCUCGGCGGCAACCGCUACGACGUCGCGCUGGGGCGCCGUGACGGCACGCAAUCCAACCCCUGGGAAGUCGACCUGCCCGCGCCCUUCACCAGGCUCGACGACGUCCUCGCCUACUUCGCCGCAAGGGGCUUCUCCGCCGAGGAGACCGUCGUGCUCUUCGGCGCCCACACCGUCGGCGGCGCGCACUGCUCCUCCUUCCGCUACCGCCUCACCAGGCCCGACGGCGCCAUGGACGAGACCCUCCGCUGCGACAUGCUCGACACCUGCGGCGCCGCCGACCUGCCGCUGGACACCGACCCGGCCACCUUCUUCGAUCCAGACACGCCAUUCACCGUCGACAACAACUACUACGCGCAGCUCAUGAGCAACAGGACGCUGCUGCAGGUCGACCAGGAGGCCGCCACGCACCCCGACACCGCGCCGCACGUCGCCUACUACGCGGCCAGCCCCGACGCGUUCAUGCAGAGGUUCUCCGAGGCCAUGGCCAAGCUCAGCAACGUCGGCGUGCUCGAGGGCGACGCCGGCGAGGUCAGGAAGGUCUGCUCGAGGUACAACAAUUGA